AUAAGAAAAACCCAAGUGCCAUAAUCAUCGAAACUAACAGAAUACCAAAAAUAAAAAAUAAAUUCAAAAUUUAUAAAUUUUCAAGAAGUUAGAAAAUAACAAAACAAACAUGAUUCAUAAAUAUUCAAUACUUUUUCUAUCGGCUUACUUAUUGUUUGCCGUUGCCGAUCCUUCUAUUGAUUCACCAACACAUAAAAGUGAUGAUUCCAUUGAUGUUAGUUCAUCAAUCGGUGUUAGUAGCCAUCAUCAUGAUGGUAGUAAUAAUAAUGGUGGUGGUGGUGGUGAUGGAUCAAAUAAUAAUGGUCCACAACAUUUAACACCCGGUAUGGUUGAAGAUUUACUUGCAAAUGAAUCAACAAUGGAUGGAACAAUGCGUAUACCAAGUCCAAUUGGACCAUCAUCAUUAUCACAUGCAUCCGUUGUUGAUUCCGAAUCUGAUCUUAUGGGUGCAGAAUCGGAUUCUAAAUUUUCUCUUUCCAAACUUAAAAGACCGUUUGCUCGACUGCCAUUUGAUCUUCGAUUCAAUACUCGAUUUUUGAAUGGUCCAUUAAUGACAUCCGGUUCGAAUAUAUUACCACAAAUUCAUCAUUCACCACCACCGAUGCGUGGUCCAGGACCACAAAUGAUGCGUCAACCUGGUCCACCACAAAUGCGACCACCAUUUUUACCAAAUGGACCAAGUCCCAAUCAUAGAGGACCACCAAUGCCACAAUUUCAACAUCAACAUUCUCCACCUGGAUUUGGUGGCCAUCAACCAAUGUUUAAAUCAUUACCACCACAUGGACUUAUGCAAUCAGGACCAAAAUCAUUGAUGCCACCUCAAUCACAAAUGCAAAUGAUUCAUCAUCAAGGUCCACCACCACCACCCCAACAACAGCCACAACAACAACAACAACAACAAGGUCCGCCUGGAUCACCAGCUCAUAUGGAUAAUGAACCAACAGGUAUGAGUGGUAUUGAUCCAAUGCUUCACACUAUUGCUGAAUAUAUUGAUUCCGGAGAUGAUAAUAACAGACAUAAUGAAUUGAUUAAUGAUUAUGAUCGUCAAACAGCAUCGAAUGAAAUAUGGCCAAUUGCACAACCUGAAUUAGCUAAAAUUGUUCAUUUAGAUGUUAAAUGUGAAAAGAAUUUUAUGAAAGUUUCAGUUGAAUUUGAUCGUCCAUUCAAUGGUAUCAUAUUUAGUAAAGGACAUUUUAGUCAACCAAAUUGUAUACAUUUGCCAUCCAGUUCUGGUCGUUCAUCAAUCUAUUUCGAUAUACGUAUUGAUAGUUGUGGUACUACCGGUAAUAUGGGACCAAAUUCAUUGACUGCCUUUGGCAACGUUAAUGCUGGAAACUUUUUCGAAAAUACUGUCAUAUUUCAAUAUGAUCCAUUUGUACAAGAAGCUUGGGAUCAAGCACGAAAACUUCGAUGUACAUGGCAUGAUCAAUAUGAAAAAUCUGUAUCCUUCCGUCCAUUCCCAGUCGAUAUGGUUGAUGUAGUUCGUGCCGAUUUUGCUGGUGAUAAUGUUGGUUGUUGGAUGCAGAUUCAAGUUGGUCGUGGUCCAUGGGCAAGUGAAGUAGCUGGUAUUGUAAAGAUUGGUCAAACAAUGACAAUGGUAUUGGCUAUCAAAGAUGAGGAAAAUAAAUUCGAUAUGUUGGUUAGAAAUUGUGUAGCUCAUGAUGGUAAACGAGCACCGAUCGAAUUGGUCGAUACUAAUGGUUGUAUUGUACGAUCAAAACUUAUGUCUAAGUUUACGAAGAUCAAAAACUUUGGCUCAAGUGCAUCGGUGUUGAGUUAUGCACAUUUUCAAGCAUUCAAAUUUCCCGAUUCAAUGGAAGUACAUUUUCAAUGUACCAUACAGAUCUGUAAAAAUAGUUGUCCGGAACAAUGUGAUCAAUCUGGACAAUCAAAUAUUCAUUAUAUUAAUCAUCAGAUUUCUGGUACAAUGCAAAAUCUACAAAAUCAUCGAGAUAUUAUGGGCGGUAGUAGUAGUGAUAUCUAUCUUGGUUCAGAUAUGCCAUCAGCAGCUGCACAAAUCGGUGAACUACCUGGACGAUCGGAUAAUAGUGUAUUGGCUAGACCUCGUGAAGUUCGUGAUGUAAGUGGUGAAUUGAAAGAAAUCCUCCAGGAAACAAAUGCUACAGCAGCUAAAGAAGUUGGCGUGGAAAAAAUCAUCCGUGUCAUAUCUACUGGUGAUCUUAGUUUUGCUACAUCGGAUAAAUUGACUGCUGAACAAUCAAUUACGGAAACGAAUGAAACAUCUAAUGGAACAUCAAAUAGUAAUAAUCAUUAUCGAAAUGGACCAAAAUCUUGGCUUUCGGAAAAGAUGAAUGAAAAAAUUUGCAUGUCAUCGAUUAAUUUUCUCGUAUGUUUUGUAACAUUAUCGACUUUAGCAUUAUUUUUUUGCACUUGUUCAGUGGUAAUGUGUUGCCGUAAACGUUCAAUUUAUGGUGAUCAUGUGGCUACAGCAGCAAUAUUACAUGGUUCGGUACAUUUAAAUGGAAAAUCUUCAGGUAAAAAAACUUCGGCAAAAGAAGCACAAUUGAUUAAAAAUGGUAAACGUGGUAAACAUGAACAAAAUUGUCAUGAUAGUAGCUAUGGAUCACAACAGACAGUCAUACCGGUCAUGUCGGGUAAUGGUACAAAUGGUGCUUAUCUAGGUAGUUCAUCGGUAUUAUCACCACGGGUACAAGCAUCAGCCGGUACUACAAAUGGCUAUGUUAUGUAUCAUUGAAAAUAUAUCCCGAAUUUUCAAUUAAACCAAAAAAAAAA